CCUCCUCGCAUUUUCCAGCGCUUCCUCCACAGCCAACAAACAGAGCCACACAGUCCACCUACCCCUACCGCAAUGGACGUCGCCCUCCUGGAGAACGCCCUCCUGGGCCUCUUCGCGGCGGCGGUGCUGGCCAUCGCCGUCGCGAAGCUGACCGGCAAGCGGUUCCGCCUCCCGCCCGGGCCCCCCGGCGCCCCCAUCGUGGGCAAUUGGCUCCAGGUCGGCGACGACCUCAACCACCGCAACCUGAUGGCCAUGGCGAAGCGGUUCGGCGACAUCUUCCUCCUGCGCAUGGGCGUCCGCAACCUGGUGGUGGUCUCCACUCCGGAGCUGGCCAAGGAGGUCCUCCACACCCAGGGCGUCGAGUUCGGCUCCCGCACCCGCAACGUCGUCUUCGACAUCUUCACCGGCAAGGGCCAGGACAUGGUGUUCACGGUGUACGGCGACCACUGGCGCAAGAUGCGCCGCAUCAUGACGGUGCCCUUCUUCACCAACAAGGUGGUGGCCCAGAACCGCGCAGGGUGGGAAGAGGAGGCCCGCCUGGUGGUGGAGGACGUGCGCCGCAACCCGGCCGCGGCGACCGAGGGCGUGGUCAUCCGCCGCCGGCUGCAGCUGAUGAUGUACAACGACAUGUUCCGCAUCAUGUUCGACCGGCGGUUCGAGAGUGAGGAGGACCCGCUGUUCAACAAGCUCAAGGCGUUCAACGCCGAGCGCAGCCGCCUGUCGCAGAGCUUCGAGUACAACUACGGCGAUUUCAUCCCGGUCCUCCGCCCCUUCCUCCGCGGCUACCUCAAGCGCUGCCACGACCUCAAGACCCGCCGGAUGAAGGUCUUCGAGGACCACUUCGUCCAGGACCGCAAGAAGGUGAUGGCACAGACUGGCGAGAUCAGGUGCGCCAUGGACCACAUACUGGAGGCCGAGAGGAAGGGCGAGAUCAAUCAUGACAACGUCCUCUACAUCGUCGAGAACAUCAACGUCGCGGCGAUCGAGACUACGCUGUGGUCGAUCGAGUGGGGCAUCGCCGAGCUGGUGAACCACCCGGAAAUCCAGUCCAAGCUCCGGGACGAGCUCACGUCCGUGCUGGGCGCCGGCGCCGCGGUGACGGAGCCGGACCUGGAGCGCCUGCCCUACCUGCAGGCCGUGGUGAAGGAGACGCUCCGCCUGCGCAUGGCCAUCCCGCUGCUGGUUCCGCACAUGAACCUCAACGACGGCAAGCUCGCCGGCUUCGACAUCCCCGCCGAAUCCAAGAUCCUCGUCAACGCCUGGUUCCUCGCCAACGACCCCAAGCGGUGGGUGCGGCCCGACGAGUUCCGGCCCGAGCGGUUCCUGGAGGAGGAGAAGGCCGUGGAGGCCCACGGCAACGACUUCCGGUUCGUGCCCUUCGGCGUCGGCCGCCGGAGUUGCCCCGGGAUCAUCCUGGCGCUGCCCAUCAUCGGCAUCACGCUGGGCAGGCUGGUGCAGAACUUCCAGCUUCUGCCGCCGCCGGGGCAGGCCAAGGUCGACACCACCGAGAAGCCCGGCCAGUUCAGCAACCAGAUCGCCAAGCACGCCACCGUGGUCUGCAAGCCGCUCGAGGCGUAGAGCUAGUUCAAGGCAUGCGCGGGCAGUCACCGAUACUGUGUUAUAUAUCAUGCUUUUUGUUUUUUUGGUACUAAAAUGCGUUUGUGUUGGCGUUGGUAUUGAGUGUCGAGUGAUGGGGUAUACGUGGCUGAGGUACGGUGUCGUAGAUCAUCUUGGUUGUAUAUGCUCUUGCAAACUUAUCGAUAAUUUAUAGCGUUGUAACAUUGCAUUUA